GCUUCAAGUAAUUAAAUAUUUCAUUCAGUUGUUGCGCUGGAGGCUGAAGCAGCCUAAUGCUCAACUGUGUUGCCAAGGGAGUUUUCUGUCAUUUAUUUGUUUUUUCAUUUGUUUUGGGAUAUAAAUGACAGAUUCUAAAAUGGUUUCCUCAGAUUUCACUGCAGACGAGAGGAUGGAGAUUGAGAGCAUCAAGAUGUACAAGAAAGAGCUUCUGGAUGACAUCCAGAAGUUAAAGAUUGAGAUCGACAACGUCAUGGCAGAAAUCCUCAGCUUUGAGUCUGCAGAAGAAAGCAAAACACUUGAGAAAAACAAACAGUUUUCAAGAGGAAAGAAGAAGUUCAACAUGGACCCCAAAAAGGGUGUCGACUACCUGGUGGAGAACAAGCUGCUGGAUGGAGGCGCUCGGUCCAUCGCAGAGUUUCUAUACAAGGAGGAUGGACUCAACAAGACGGCCAUCGGCGAAUUCCUUGGAGAAAGGGAAACACUCCAUCUUGAUACGCUAAAGGUCUUUGUGGAGCUGCAUGAGUUUGCUGACUUAAACCUGGUCCAGGCUCUCAGACAGUUCCUGUGGAGUUUCCGUCUGCCUGGUGAAGCUCAGAAAAUUGACCGAAUGAUGGAGGCCUUCGCCACACGCUACUGUGAAUGCAACACUCACGUCUUCCAGUCUGCAGACACAUGCUACAUCCUGUCGUUUGCCAUCAUCAUGCUGAACACCAGCCUUCACAACCCCAACGUGAAGGACAAAACCAAUCUGGAUCGCUUUAUUUCCAUGAACAGAGGCAUUAACAAUGGAGAAGACCUGCCUAACGAUCUGCUCUCGAAACUCUACGAGAGCAUACGCAACGAGCCUUUCAAAAUACCCGAGGAUGACGGAAAUGAUCUAACUCACACGUUUUUCAACCCCGAGAGAGAAGGCUGGCUGCUCAAACUUGGAGGCCGCGUUAAGACGUGGAAGAGACGAUGGUUCAUCCUGACUGACAGCUGCCUUUAUUAUUUUGAAUUUACCACUGAUAAAGAGCCCAGAGGUAUCAUCCCUCUAGAAAAUCUCUGUGUGAGAGAAGUGGCAUCCACUCGAAAACAAUACUGUCUGGAGCUGUACAACCCAAACAGUAGAGGUCAGAAGAUCAAAGCGUGUAAAACAGAGACAGAUGGCAGGGUGGUGGAGGGGAAGCACCAGUCCUACACCAUUUGUGCCUCCAGUGCUGAAGAAAGAGAUUCCUGGAUUGAAGCCAUCAGAGCGAGUAUCACUAAGGAUCCAUUCUAUGACUUGGUCUCAGUUCGGAAGAAGAAGGUGAUAAACCAAACCCCUCAGGAUUGAGCUGCAGCUGGUAUGCUGCUCCCACGGAUGUCUUUAUUACUGUAGCACAGUGUGAUUCUGCUUUAAGUCUGAAAACACCUCACAAACAGGAUAAGUGCACUGACACCAGUAACUUCUCUUUUUAUGGACUGAGAAAAAAAUGUGUCAGUACUGAGAAAUGAUUCUGAAAUGACUCACGGGUAGUGUGACAAAGACACAGAUGAUGUCUAAUGCUACUUCAAACUUUGGCAAAAGAUUUGGGGGCAUUGAAAAUUCAGUUAACAACAUUUUAUUAGAAUGGCUGAGCAUUGACUCUGUUUUUUCCUUUAUUGUGUAAAAUAGAUUUUUAAAAAGAGUUCAUUUGAAAUCACCUCUUUUGCUUGUGGAUAAAAUUAAGAGGUAAAAGUUUAGGAAAUGACGCAAAUAAUAAUACUUUUCAUGAAGUUUGUUGAAUCUGUGUCUAUGAUGGCAUUUGUACAUUACUUCAGACUGUUACAAAGAGUGAGCUGAUAGACUGCAGUUGAUUGCAACAUCACAUAGCCGGAAGAGAUUAUUAAAUGAGAUCAUUUGCUUCCAAAAAGGGCAGCAAAGAAGCCGGUUCUUGCCAGGAAAAACCACAAAGGACAGACCAACAUUCUGCAGAAGAUCAAGGGGUUGAAGUGGGGGACAGUCUUUUUCUCUCAUUUCCUUUGGUUUGGUGUUUGGUGCAUCAAAAUAAGUAGUUAAUAAAAGACAAGACGAGUGCAUCCACCCAUCUGAUGUCAUGUCAACAGUAAAACUUAACUCAGUGAGGGGGCUUCUCAGCCAAAGGAAAAGGCUCCCUCACAAUUUAGUCUUUGAAUAAUAAAGCAUCGAUAACGCAUGGUUCCUAAUCAUCCUCCAGGAGGAACUUUUUCUAACCAGCCAGAAACAGAGUUGGGAUGAAUGUACUUGGGUCACAAUGCCCAACCCAACCCAACCCAACCCUAGCCCUAACCCUAACCCCAAACAAAGAUCCUCAGGUAACACAACAUUAAAGUUUGGAGUUUAUGAACAGGAAACCCUCAAGAGGUGAAAAAAAAAACACCCCAAGCUUUGGGAAUUCAAAAAUGAGAAAUCUUUGAAAAACACAACACUCGUGUUAUUUUCAACACCGCUAUAAUAUCUACGUGUGUAAUAUAAUUUAUAUAAAUGUCCUACAAAAGAAGAGCAUUCCUUAUUCUGAUGUAGGCCUUUAGGGAUAUACCAAAAGAAAGAAUUGUAAUAAAGAAAAUGUCUUUAUGUGUACAAUAAUUCUGGAAUACACAUGUGCUAAAGUUUGAAAGUACUUUGGUCUCUGUGUUUACUUUAUAGUGGUAAAUAAUGUAUCAUUAAAAAAAUUCUGUGAUUUUCCAAAUCUCCAAUAGUGCAAUAAGUUUCAGACACAUGUUUAUGUAACAAGCUGUAUACCUUAUAAAUCAUUUGUGUUGUGUGUCAUUUGUCACAAUGUUAAAACUGAUGUUUCUUGUUAAUGUGACAACAAAUAUUUAAGUUAACUGUGUAGCCGAGGAAGAUUGAUGAUUGUAUCUGUUAUGACCACGAAGAUGUAAUAUUCUAUAUAAAUAUAAAAUAUUAAGCUG